CCGGCCGUAGGUGACAUCCAAUAUCAAAGGCUUCAAAAACGUCACCUGCUGCCCUUCGGGUUUCUCAUCCAGCGUCACGAACCCUCCCAUUAUCGCAUCGCGAACUCAUUGCCCCCGAUCCACCUUCUCUCGCCACGUCUCCCGACUGUGGCUGCCGCAGCCCGAUCCGUCAAACGCCUUGUCACCAACUCAUCGUCAGCGUGGCCAGUUCAACCUCAUCGCCGCAGGCCUCGCCAUUGCAGGUAAUGCCCGACACAAACGUCCCGCAAUUACGGACCCGGUCCCAAGAUUCAAGCAGAAGAGUGCACCAUGGCCGUCGCAAAGCUCGCGGCGGCAGAGCACGUGCUCCAGUAAAUGGCUCCCAUCCGGGAGGCAGCGAUGCCCCCGGCGACGAAGUCGCUCUCCAGAACAAUCUCACCUCGCCUUCAACCCCAACGGCCACGAAUGAAUCGCCCAGAGCAUUGGGAGACCAAAGAUCUCGAAGAGGUCGCGGCCAAAGGGCCGGUGGUCGUGGUACUCCCGGCCGCGGCGCCGCGCGACCCCCAACCCACAGGGCAUUUGGGGGACACUUGACCACCGGGACAGACGAUGGUAGCACUUCAGCCCGCACCUUAAGCGGCGAUGCUCCCGAGUUUGUCCCAGGGCAGCCCAUUGUCACUAGAAAUAAACACUCGAAAGCUCCAGUUCCGCAUGAGCCGCAUGUGCGACAGCCAAAAUCCACAGCUGCCGAUCUUGGGACGAGGAUACACGACGAUAUCAGCAACUGGAACUACGAAUGCGCCAUUUGCACGGACGAUGUCCGCAGGACAUCGCACGUGUGGUCUUGCAUAGUUUGCUGGACUGUGGUUCACCUCAAAUGCGCCAAGAGAUGGUAUGGCAAUCAAAAGAAGCAGGAUGAUCUACAGUCAUCUGAGCCCCAUCGAGAAUUUUCAUGGCGAUGUCCUGGAUGUAAUUCCAAACUCGUUGACGACCCCGGCUCAUACCAUUGUUGGUGCGGCAAGGAGAUCAAUCCCUCACCAAGCAGCGCAGCUUUACCUCCCCAUUCGUGUGGACAGACAUGCUCGAAGCCCCGAGCAACCUGCCCUCACCCCUGCUCUCUUCAAUGCCACGCCGGACCCUGCCCCCCUUGUGGCUUAACGGGACCGAACCAAUCGUGCUUCUGCGGCAAGAACGCAUCCCAGAAGCUAUGCCGGGAGACGGACUAUGAAAAUGGUUGGAGCUGCCAGGAGAUAUGCGAAGACUUGCUCCCGUGUGGUGAGCAUUUAUGCUCGCGGCCCUGCCAUUCUGGAUUGUGUGGCGAGUGUGACGUCAAAGUGGACGCGAGGUGCUAUUGCGGUCGUGUUGACAAGGUAAUUCCUUGUUACGAAAGGGACGAGAUUCAAGAGUCCUUUGAUACGACUGAGAGCACUUGGUUCGAAGGGUCUUUCAAGUGCGAUCAGCUGUGCAAGCGGCUCUUCGACUGCGGUGUACACACUUGCAACGAGACGUGCCACGCGCAAGAAGAGCAGCCAUCGCGCUGUCCAUACUCCCCGGAUACGGUCACACACUGCCCCUGCGGCAAGACCUUGCUUGAGGAGCUUCUAGACUCGCCUCGACAAUCCUGCAAAGACAGUGUUCCUCACUGCGACAGACCUUGCGAGAAGCUCCUUCUGUGUGGACACUUGUGUAAAGCCAAGUGUCAUGUGGGAAACUGCGGCUUCUGCGACGAGACGAUUGACAUUUCCUGCCGAUGCGGAAGAACGAUUACGAAAUCGAUUUGCCACCAGGGAGACUUACAGCAUCCCUUGUGCAUGAGGACUUGCCAAGCGAAUCUCAGCUGCGGACGCCACAAAUGCGGCGAGCAUUGCUGCGCGGGUGAGAAGAAGGCUACAGAGAGGCAAGCAGCGCGGCGGAAGAACAGAGCAGCUGCAGAUGUCAACUCCAUCGAGCCGGAGCAUAUUUGCAUUAAGACUUGUGGCAGGCCGCUGAAGUGCGGCAGCCAUGAUUGUCAGCAAAUCUGCCACAGGGGUCCGUGCAGAAGCUGUCCAGAGGCAGUAUUCCAUGAGAUUAGCUGCAACUGUGGCCGUACAGUCCUGCAGCCUCCCCAGCCUUGCGGCACCAGGCCACCGGAAUGCCGCUUCAACUGCCAGAGACGUCCCAGCUGCGGUCAUCCUGCCGUUGAGCACCACUGCCAUCCAGAUGACCUCAGCUGUCCGAAGUGCCCAUUCCUAGUCGACAAAUGGUGUGCGUGUGGGAAGGAGAAACUUCAUAGUCAGCCUUGUCAUCUCCAAGAAGCCCACUGUGGCCGUCCCUGUGGGAAGAAGCUCAAGUGCGGGCUGCAUACUUGCCGCAAGCUUUGCCAUCGUGCCGGAGAAUGCGAAGACGUUUCUUUGACCAAGGUCCAUUGUGAGCAGGUUUGUGGUAAGACGAAGCUCUUUUGCGAGCAUACGUGUCAGAACACUUGCCAUGGACAGACCCCUUGCAACGAGGGUGCGGCAUGCACUGCCAAAGCGGUAAUUAGCUGCCCUUGUGGUGGGCGGCAACAAGAGGUCAAGUGUCUCGCCAGCAGCUCGAAUUCAACUCCUUCAAGGCCAGAAAUCAAAUGCGAUGACGAAUGCCUCCGAUUGGAGCGCAACCGGCGUCUCGCAGCCGCCCUCAAUAUCGAUCCUUCUUCCCACACUAACGACCACGUACCGUAUUCGGAAGGUACAUUGAAGCUGUUCAAGGAAAACCUUUCGUGGGCUGAGGCGCAGGAACGUGAGUUCCGUGUUUUUGCCAAAAGCCCCGAUGAGGUGAGGAUGAGGUAUAAGCCAAUGUCAGCUACGUAUCGUCAGUUCCUCCAUUUACUGGCCGGAGACUACGGCCUGGAGAGUCGGAGCGAAGACGUGGAGCCAUAUCGAUAUAUCAUCGUCUUUAAGGGUCCUCGGUUCGUGUCUGCGCCGAGCAAGACGCUUGGCCAAUGCCUCAAGAUCCGGGAAACGCAGGCGGCGGAGGUAGCGGUAGCCGCUGCCGCCGCCCGGCCCCCGAGCCCGCCCAUGCUGGCAGUGAGCGAGCCGUUCAACGGCUUCUUACUAACGUCGCCGCGGUUUGGCCUCACCAUUGAGGAUAUAAAUCAAGCUUUUGCAGCCGACUUUGCCACGCAACCCUCGAUUCACUUUACAAUCAGCUUCUUGCCGACAGAGGAGAUUUUGCUCCGGGCAACGUCCAACUACUCCGCGUUCUUGUCUCCAGCCGGCAUGGAACAAGCCUUGACGGUGCUCAAGCCCCGUCUAGCCAAGACCGUGGAGCAUGUGGACCUAGCCGGCAACCUAUUGCUAUGCCACAUGGACGCAAACGAUCAUCUGGGACGGCGUGAAGGCCCGAGCAAAAGGGACGCCCUGGGGUGGAAUGCGGUAGCAGGGCGGGCGGCAUCUCGAUCAGGGGCCGCCACGCCCACGGACGAGCCACCAACUAGGGGCGGACGUAAGCUUUUUGGGCUUAAAAAGAAGAAGGUCGACAAGGAAGUGGACAAGCCAUGGGCCGCGCUCGGAGGAGAUGUCGAAUGCUGAGUUGGUAUGGGAUAUGAUGGGAUUGUACCCUCCUGGUGAACGGACGAGGCAACGAAGCCGUCCAUAGGGGAGCUGCAAAUACUACGCGGGAUUACCAGUUUUAAGAAGCCCCUGCUGUCAUGGCGAGCCGUGCAUAUCAUGCAAACAUCGAUAUAGCAUUGCAACAGAGUUACAAAAAAUUACGAAAGUCUUUUCCGUGUUACAGCU